AUGAAGUUCACAGCUCUCCUCUGCACUCUCAUGGCUGCCACUGCCGUCAGUGCGUCCACACUCCCUCGAGGCGAGUUCCAGGUCCAGGACACCUGCGGUGCUGGCUAUGGCGGUGACCAAAGGCGUACGAACAGUCCUUGCAAUGCCUCGAACGGAGAUAGGCAUUUCUGCGGCUGCGACAGGACUGGUGUGGUCGAGUGCCGAGGUGGUAAAUGGACAGAGAUCCAGGACUGUCAUGCUUCCACAUGCCACGGUACCAAUGAUGGCGCAGCCAGGUGCUAG